AAAUUAAUGGAGGUAAGUCAUUAAUCAAUAAUAAUAAUAUAAACAAAAAAAAAAAUAAUGGACACAAGUCGCACAACAGCGUGAAGUCAAAGGCCUAUUAGAUCUCAAGUAUUAGAACCAUUAAAGAAAAGGACCAUCAUUAUUGACCUCUUUUUCUUCUUAGCUUUACCCCUUUAAAAUCCCAUUCAAUUUCCAUUCUCUCAUCAAAGAAAAAAGAGUUCAGACAUGGACUCUACCAUUUUCUUGUUCCUUCUUCUCUCCUUAGCUUUUCCCCACUACAUUUUCAAUCACCAGCUACUUAUAUUUGUCAAUGGAGACAUGGGUUUGAUUCAACAAACAUGCAAAAACACCAAACACUAUGAUCUUUGUGUUUCAACUCUCAAAUCCAACGCCACAAGUUCAAAGGCAGACACCAAAGGACUAGCCCUAAUAAUGGUUGCUGCUGGAGUUGCUAAUGCCACAGAUACUUCAUCCUACUUGUCUUCUCAGUUGCUUAGGGCUACAAAUGACACCAUCUUGAAGAAGGUGCUGAAAGAAUGUGCAGAUAAGUAUGGUUAUGCAGGUGAUUCUCUUCAAGAUUCUGUUCAGGACUUGACUGGGGAGACUUAUGACUAUGCUUAUAUACACAUCAUGGCUGCUGCUGAUUACCCAAAUGCUUGCCAUAAUUCUUUCAGAAGGGUUCCUGGAUUGGCUUAUCCGCAGGAGAUCGCACGUAGAGAACAAGGUUUGGAGCAUAUUUGUGAUGUUGUUUUGGGAAUUGUUGAUGUUCUUGUUUAUUAAUUGUGUGUCCCAACUUUUUUCUAAUGCCAAAAUAUUAGUAAUACUUAAAAAGCUAAUUAUUAUCAAUUAUUAUCAAUAA